AGAGAAAAAAAAAUUGAUUGAUAAAUUCGCACCAUGGCUGAGGACAUGGAGGUUGAGGAGACGGAGGACUUCCAUGAUCUGGACUUUAACGACGACGAGGCAUCCGGUAGCGGGGGAGCAGGAGCAGGGCCAAGUGGAAGUGGCCAGGCCAGGGAGGAGCGCUUCGUGGUGAAGAAGUGGGUGGCACACGCCUUGUGGUCGUGGGACGUGGCAGUGGACAACUGCGCCAUCUGCCGCAACCACAUCAUGAACCUGUGCAUCGAGUGCCAGGCGGAUCCGAAUGCGAACCAGGACGAGUGCACGGUGGCCUGGGGCGAGUGCAACCACGCCUUCCACUACCACUGCAUCGCGCGCUGGCUGAAGACGCGGCUCGUCUGUCCGCUGGACAACAAGGAGUGGGUCUACCAGAAGUACGGCCACUAGCGAGGGAUGUGAAUGUGGAUAUGGACUGUGGUGAUAUAGUUGUGUGAUUUGCAUGGUUGGUUGUAGCUAAAUUAAAGUUGACUUGGGUUCCCAA